CCACCCCGGCCGGGCCGGCGGUGACGGCCGGUCGGCGCGGCGACCCGGAGGAGGUCAGCCACGAGCAGCCCCGCCAGAAGAAGACCUCGGCCGACACGCAGGUGGUGCGGGUGCAGGCGGACACCCUGCUCUCGCCGGCCCCCAACAGGGACAACAUGGCCGACAUCUACUUCAUCGUGACGGUAGCAGGGAUAUGCGCCAUGGCCAUCGGCGUCACCGUGGCUGGAGGCUUCUGCUACCACAGGCUGCAGAAGCGGGCCAAGGCGGCCGGCGACGCCGAGUACCCGGCCUACGGCGUGACCGGACCCAGCCGCGACCUCAGCCCCUCUGGCGACCGCAAGCUGGCCCAGUCGGCUCAGAUGUACCACUACCAGCACCAGAAGCAGCAGAUGAUGGCCAUGGAAAAAACCCACAACGGCCGGCACGGCUCCGCCUCGGAUGUCGACUCGGAGGAGGAGAACGAGGAGGGCGACUACACCGUCUACGAGUGUCCCGGCCUGGCGCCGACGGGUGAGAUGGAAGUGAAAAACCCGCUGUUCCAAGACGAUCAGACUCCCGCCCCAACUACUCUUGCCGACGCGAACGGCAAGUAGGGCGGUGGAGCGGCCGUACACCCAGCGCCCUCUGGUCCUGGAACGGCAGCCAGCGCCCUCUGGUCCUGGAACGGCAGUCAGCGGCCUCUGGUCCUGGAACGGCAGCUAGGACCAUGUGGUGCCGGAACGGCAGCCAGCACCAUCUGGACCCAGAACUGCUGCCACUCCGUCCUGUUCUGGAACCGUGGCUAGCGCCAUCUGGCCGCGGAACGGCACCCAACACAAUCUGGGUCCGGAACAGAGGCCAUGACAUGAAGAAUGGAGGUGGUAGAAGGCGCUCUCUGGUGCUGCACACUUCCUGGACUUGGACGGGCUCCAGCACCUUCCGUUUCCAGGCUAGAGGUAAACGAUGUUGUGGGGCUGGCGGGUGGCGCCCCCCCCCCCCCUCUUACGCUGGGUCUUUUGGGACGGACCAGGUUCUGUUUACACUCGUACCGACGGGCCUCACCAGGCUUGGCAGGCUGCUGUGGUGGUCUUGCCGUUUGUGUUGUCUAAAAUACAGCAUACACUGAUGUA